UAAAUGAAACGCAGAGGAGGAGCUGCCGCCAGUGGCUCAACAAAAAACUCCCCUGUCAGUUUUGAGUGUGACAACAACGUGAACCGCAGCUCACAGUCUCGGAGCAUCGCUUGCAAACCAAAAGCACCAGUGUAAACAUCUUUAUCCUGUGGAUUGCUCGUGUUUUCAUCAAGAACUUUGCGGAUUAUGGAGAUUUAACUCCGCGCGUAAAAAGAGACAUUUGGAAACAAUGGAUUUGCCUCUUGUUGGAGCACAUGGAGAAUGCGCUUUAAUGGAAAGUGUCACUACUUCGGAAGUGAAAGGGGAACCUUUGACAAGUUUGAAACAGUGAAAGAAGUCCCUACAGCUAUGAACUCCACGGCACCAACGGGAAUUAAACCGCCCACCAUCCCGGCAAUUAUGUUCAUUUUCGGGGUGGUGGGAAAUGUCAUAGCCAUAGUGGUUCUGCGAAUAUCACGGAAGGAACAAAAGGAGACGACUUUUUACACACUUGUGUGUGGCCUGGCAGUGACUGACCUCCUGGGCACCCUGCUGGCCAGCCCUGUCACCAUCGCCACCUACAUGAAGGGCUCGUGGCCGGGAGGUGAGCCGCUGUGCCAAUACUCCGGCUUCAUCCUGCUCUUCUUCUUCUUGGUCCAGCUCAGCAUUGUGUUCGCAAUGUCAGUGGAGAGAUACUUGGCAAUAAACCAUGCAUAUUUCUACAACGAGUACAUGAACCAAAAACUCGCUGCGCUGACUCUUUUGGCCAUUUACAUUUCCAAUAUCGUAUUUUGCGCGCUGCCCAACAUGGGAUUCGGCCCGGUGAAGCUCCAGAACCCGGACACUUGGUGUUUCAUCGACUGGCAGAACAACCGCACAACGGUCGUGACUUUUAAUCUGAUGUACGCAGGUGUGAAUUCAGUCAUCGUGCUGGCCACUGUCAUAUGCAACGUGAUGGUAUGCGGGGCUCUGAUCCUGAUGCACAAGCGGUUCAUCCGCCGCACGUCUUUGGGCACAGACCAGCGGCGCAUCGCGGAGCUCAGGCGUAGACGGAGUUUCCGACGAUUAGCUGGGGCAGAGAUCCAGAUGGUGAUCCUGCUUAUAGCGACCUCCGCUGUGGUUCUCACCUGCUCCAUACCUUUAGUGUGGAGGAUUUUUGCAAAUCAGCUGUACAGACCGCAGAAAGAAGGGUUUCAAGACCUGCUGGCCAUCCGCAUGGCCUCUGUCAACCCCAUCUUAGACCCUUGGAUCUACAUCCUGCUCAGAAAGACAGUGGUCCUCAAGCUGAUGGAGAAAAUUAAGUGCCUGUUCUGCAAAAUGGGGGGACGGGGACGGAGGAAUGGCGGGCAGUUCCGCUGCGCCGACGGCCGCCUCUCCUCCUCCAUCGUCUCCCGGGAUUCUCCCUCACUGGUGUCACGUGAGAUUCAGGAAAUGGUGAGCACCUCACAGACCUUCCUGUACCCAUCUGAGGAAAACCCCAGGAGGUCAUUUCAAGCAGGGGCACAGGGCGGCUCCAGUUCACCAACUGUACAGAUGUUACAGGUCCGCCCACAGGACAAGGUCGUGGGGCCUCAGAGGGGGCUUUCACUGAGCAAUUUAGAGGACACAGCGCUAGACAGGACACUGAAUGAGCUCCCAGUGUGCCCCAAGGACCCGGCUCUACAUGUGACUUUUACAGACGAGACUGUAAACAUACAGGAGAAAUGCAUAUGAGAUAAUGAGAGCACUGCAAAGACCUGAAAAUAAUGGACAGAUUAAUCAUCAAUCUGUAGACUAGACAGAUGUAUUACUGAAUACCCAUUAUAAAUGUAUUACUCCUCAGUCAUAACAAACACCAUAUCACUAAAUACACUUCAGUACAAUCACAACAGUUAUACCAACAAAACCAUGACGGUGUGGAGGAGCUAUUUUGUUGCACUUUUUAAGAAUUAUAAAACCACUGCUAGGCUGUCAAAAAUGUUUGUUUUGAGGCAUUUGACAACCUGCACAAUGACUGUAAAGAAUUCAAUGUUAAAAUGUGAACCAUGUUCGACGAUGUUAAUUUAUUUCUAAGUAUGAAUUUGUACGUUAUUGUCUUCUCUGUGAGAAGGUCCUGAUAGUUUGGAGCAGUUUUAAAUUGGUACAAGAUGAAUAUGUUCAUAGUUUUUUUUUUUUUUUUUUUUUUGGUACAAACAUUUGCAAACAAUUUUGUCAAACUGGUUGACAUCAAAGUUAGAAUCAUCCCCUGCAUUUCAUAAUAAAAGGCAGCUAUACUGUGGCUUUUCCACAAUAGACAUUGGAGGAGCUUAAGAGGCCUCUUAAAGUAAUGUCUUCAUAAGAAUUGUAUAAUUUACUGUUACUUUUAAAGGAUUAAUCUAACACAAUCUUAUUUCACCUUAAUGGUAUAUGCAAUCCCUCUCAUCUAGACUUCAUUGGGCAAUUACGAAGGGGAACUGAAGACAAUAUUUAGUGUCUUGUCUGAUAGGUUUAAAGAUUUUGCCUUUCCUUACAGGGAAGAUUUCCUGGUGUAACACAGCAUUUAAUCCUUGCUAUAAAAACUGAUAGAAGUAUCUUGUUGAAGUUUUGAGACUAACGUUGUACCAAACUCAUAAACAGAAAAUAAAUGUCGCUAAAUAUCCAUAUAAA